CAAUCAGAGCGCGGUGCGCAGCGGCAGCCUCUAAACCUGCUAUAAACCCAUCCGCCGCCGAGCCUUCUCCCCGCUCACUUGUCCCCCCUGUCCUGUGAAUCACUGAGCCGAGCUGCAUCCCCUGAUCCACUGCGAACCGUGAAGAUGGCGGCCCGGACGAUGCAAGCGGCGCGAUGCCCGACGGAUGAGCUGUCGCUGACUAAUUGUGCCGUGGUGAGCGAGAAGGAUCUGCAGUCAGGACAACACGUGACUGUGAAGACCACACCCAACCACAAGUAUGUGUUCACAGUGAAGACCCACCACACGGUGGCGGCUGGCUCCAUCGCCUUCAGCCUCCCGCAGAGGAAGUGGGCUGGUCUCUCCAUUGGCCAGGAGGUGGAAGUGGCCAACUACAACUUCGACAAGUCCAAGCAGUGCAUUGGCGCCAUGACAAUCGAGAUCGACUUCCUGCAGAAGAAGAGCACCGACUCCUCUCCCUACGACUCGGACAAGAUGGCCGCCGAGUUCAUCCAGCAGUUCAACAACCAGGCCUUCUCCGUCACCCAGCAGCUUGUGUUCAGCUUCUGCGACAAGCUGUUUUGCCUGGUUGUGAAGGACAUCGAGGCCAUGGACGCCAGCAUCCUCAAAGGAGAACCAGCCAGUGGAAAGAAACAGAAGAUCGACAUCGGCCUGAUGGUCGGCAACAGUCAGGUGAUUUUUGAGAAGGCAGAGAGUUCCUCGCUCACACUAGUUGGAAAGGCAAAGACCAAGGAGGCGCGACAGACCAUCAUCAACCCCGACUGGAACUUCGAGAAGAUGGGAAUCGGAGGUCUGGACAAGGAGUUCUCCGACAUUUUCCGCCGAGCCUUCGCCUCAAGAGUUUUCCCUCCCGACAUCGUGGAACAGAUGGGCUGCAAGCACGUGAAGGGCAUCCUGCUCUUCGGGCCUCCGGGCUGCGGUAAAACACUGAUGGCCAGACAGAUCGGCAAGAUGCUCAACGCCCGCGAGCCCAAGAUCGUGAACGGCCCCGAGAUCCUCAACAAGUACGUGGGAGAGUCUGAGGCCAACAUCCGCAAACUGUUCGCCGACGCGGAGGAGGAGCAGAAGAGGCUGGGAGCCAACAGCGGCCUCCACAUCAUCAUCUUUGACGAGCUGGACGCCAUCUGCAAGCAGAGAGGCACGGGCGCAAGCAGCACGGGCGUGCACGACACCGUGGUCAACCAGCUCCUGUCUAAGAUCGACGGCGUGGAGCAACUUAACAACAUCCUGGUCAUUGGUAUGACUAACAGGCCUGACCUGAUAGACGAUGCUCUGAUGAGACCUGGCAGGUUUGAGGUCAAGAUGGAAAUCGGUCUGCCUGACGAGAAGGGCCGCGUCCAGAUCCUGACCAUCCACACCAACAAGAUGCGAAACUUCGAGCUGCUGGCAAACGACGUCGACAUCAAAGAACUGGCCGCCGAGACCAAGAACUACAGCGGUGCCGAGCUGGAGGGUCUGGUCAGGGCAGCGCAGUCCACCGCCAUGAACCGUCACAUCAAGGCUACAUCUACAGUUGAGGUGGACAUGGAGAGGGCAGAGAAGCUGAAAGUCACCAGAUCUGACUUCAUGGGAUCCCUGAACAAUGACAUAAAACCAGCGUUCGGUACAAACCAGGAAGAUUACUCAAGCUACAUCAUGAACGGCAUCAUCAAAUGGGGCGACCCGGUCACUCACGUUCUGGAUGACGGAGAGCUGCUGGUGCAACAGACCAAGAACAGCGAUCGCACACCGCUGGUGGCUGUGCUGUUGGAGGGUCCACCCCACAGUGGAAAGACGGCUCUGGCUGCUAAGAUUGCAGAGGACUCACAGUUCCCCUUCAUUAAGAUCUGUUCUCCAGACAAGAUGAUUGGACACUCGGAGAUCUCCAAGUGCCAGGCGAUCAAAAAGGUGUUUGACGACGCCUAUAAGUCCCAGCUCAGCUGCGUGGUGGUGGACGACAUUGAGCGUCUGUUAGACUACGUUCCCAUCGGCCCUCGUUUCUCCAACCUGGUCCUUCAGGCUCUGUUGGUGCUGCUGAAGAAACCUCCACCCAAGGGCCGGAAGCUGCUAAUCAUCGGCACCACCAGCAGGAAGGACGUCCUGCAGGAGAUGGAGAUGCUGGACGCCUUCAGCACCACCAUCCACGUCCCCAACAUCUCCACCGGGGAGCAGCUAGUCGACGCCUUAGAGCUGCUGGGUAGCUUUACAGAUAAGGAGCGAGCCAGCAUCGCACAGCAGCUCAAAGGGAAGCGAGUCUGGAUCGGCAUCAAGAAGCUCCUCGUGCUCAUCGAGAUGUCGCUGCAGAUGGACCCUGAUUACAGAGUGAGCAAGUUCCUGUCUCUGCUCAGAGACGAAGGGGCGUUGAAUGAAGGCGACCAAAUCCGAAUUUAAGGUGUCGCCCUCGCUGUGUACUGUGACCGUAGCUUCUACGAGUAGCGCUAGCCGGAAGGAAUGGAGCAGACGUCUCUGCAUCUACAAACCACAAGGGGACAAAAUGAGGAAGAAUCAAAGCAGAAGACAAAAGACGAGAUCUCCCUCUCAUCAAUUCAAUGACCGCACUAUUUAAAUACCCACCUGGUCCAAGAGAGGAACAUGCGAAAAUCCUCCGUAUCUCAGCAUGUUUCUGUAGGCAAUAUCACCACAAUCCCUACUACUACUACUACUACUACUACUACUACUACUGGAAGUUGUACUGUUAAAAAUAAAAAUCUGUUAUCUGUAAAGAAACUGCAAUAGAUGAUUGUAAAAAAAAAAGUGCUGUUUUGUGCAUUGUGCGUAAAAAUGACCUGAAAAAAACGUUUUAAGCUAUGCUAUUUGUUGUAUUUGUUGCGUAUCUCCCGUCCCGCUAAAGGUAGUUUUAUCGUCAGUGUACCCUCACGGCGCACAAGCAGAUUAAAGAGAACACAAAAACUUAUUAACAUGUGAAUCUAUAAGAGGCUUUUAGUGAAUGUGUAGUGGCUGUAAAAAGAGAUAAAAAAGAAAAAGCUGUUCCAUGUGUAAAUGUAAUCCCUUUAAAUAUACAGUAUGUUCCUGUUCUGUAAAUAGUAUAUAUAGACAUAAAUGCAGUAUAUCAUGAGAAUACGUUUAUUUCGUACGAUAUCAGUAUGACUCCUGAGAUGUUUUACCAGGUUAGUGUAAUAGUGAAAGUAAAUGUCGGAUUGUUGGCCUGUCUGUCUGUGUUGCAGUACAGUUCAGUCUAGCUAGUUGCAUAAUCAGUGUUAAAAAAUUAAAAGAAAAAAAAACACAAGAAAAAAAGAAAGGAAAUGUCUUCACUUUCAACAUCGACUCUACUUUUAGUACUUAUAUCUUGUUUUACUUGUGGGGACCUGUGUUGUAUCAUGUGCAUGUGUGGGGGAAACCAAAUGCUGCAUGUGUCCCGUGUGAAUGAAAGUGUGUGUGUGUGUGUUGGUUGAACAUGUGUGUGUGUGUGUGUGUGUACUUGAAUAAGAUUUAGACCGAUGGUGGUUAAUACGUGUGAUUUUUAUUUUAUUUCCUCAUGUGUUCAGUGGAAAUCAAAGUCCAAAUUUCCUGUUUCGUUACGACCAUUGACAGUUUGUGUGUGCGUGCGUGUGCGUGUGUGUAAAUAUAUAUCAACAUGCAGAUGUAUUAUUGCAAUAAAAAAAAAGCACAUAUGCACAGAAAAAAAAAAAGGAAACGUU